CACACAUAUAUACACACACAUACAUACAUACAUAUAUACACACAACAGAAGAAAGCAAAUUAGCAUGGCUACCACCUCCAUUUUCUCAGCAACGACGACUAAUCUCAGUGCCCUAACUCCUCCAAUUAGUGCUUCUCCUCCCGACAAGAAAAACUCCAAUUCCCCUUUCUCUCACCUCUCCUUCUCCAAUUCCUCCUCCAUUUUCCCCCAAAAAUUCUCUCUCUCAUUCUCCACCAUCUUCAACAACCCCGCCGUUUCACGCCGCUCCGGCACCGUCUCCAAUGUCCACCAUUCCGAUUCGGUACGAUCAGAUUCGGAUCCAUCCGGCGUCGGAUCGCAGAAGCCGACCAUCUUAGUCUCGGAGAAGCUUGGAGAAGCUGGUCUCGAUGUGCUCCGCACCUUCGGGAACGUCCUGUGCUUGUACGAAUUAUCUCCGGCGGAUCUGUGCGCGAAGAUUUCCGACUGCGAUGCCCUGAUUGUUCGGAGCGGGACCAAGGUGACUCGCCAGGUUUUUGAAGCCGCCAAGGGGAAGCUGAAGGUGGUGGGGCGAGCCGGCGUUGGGAUUGACAACGUGGAUCUCCAGGCGGCAACGGAGUUCGGCUGUUUGGUUGUCAAUGCCCCCACCGCCAAUACGAUUGCCGCAGCCGAGCAUGGGAUUGCUUUGCUCGCUGCCAUGGCUCGGAAUGUUUCACAGGCUGAUGCUUCCGUCAAAGACGGAAAAUGGCUACGCAAUAAAUACGUUGGUGUUUCUAUGGUCGGAAAAACUUUGGCAGUGAUGGGAUUCGGAAAAGUUGGUUCCGAAGUUGCAAGGCGUGCAAAAGGACUCGGAAUGCAUGUUGUUGCACACGACCCUUACGCUCCAGCCGAUAGAGCACGUGCUAUCGGUGUGGACUUGGUCUCGUUCGAUCAAGCCAUCUCCACCGCGGACUUUGUUUCUCUCCAUAUGCCUCUUACUCCUGCAACCGACAAGAUAUUUAACGAUGACACAUUUGCAAAGAUGAAAAUGGGAGUCCGCAUAAUCAAUGUCGCACGUGGUGGUGUUAUCGAUGAAGAUGCUCUGAUGAGAGCACUCGACAGUGGAAUAGUUGCACAGGCAGCACUUGACGUGUUCACAAAGGAACCCCCACCCAAAGAUAACAAACUAGUGCAGCAUGUGAAUGUCAUAGCCACACCUCAUCUUGGAGCUAGCACAAAGGAAGCACAGGAAGGAGUUGCAGUUGAAAUAGCAGAAGCAGUUGUCGGUGCGCUGAGAGGGGAACUCUCCGCCACUGCAGUCAACGCUCCCAUGGUUCCUCCACAGGUCUUGUCUGAAUUAGCUCCUUACGUAACUCUAGCCGAGAAACUCGGUAGACUUGCUGUACAGUUAGUUUCUGGUGGCAGUGGAAUCCAAUCAGUGAAAGUUGUUUAUUGCUCAGCUCGCGAUCCAGAUAACCUAGACACGAGACUUCUUCGAGCAAUGAUAACAAAGGGCAUAAUCGAGCCUAUAUCGAACGCUCAUAUAAACCUUGUGAACGCAGAUUACAAAGCCAAGCAGAAAGGCAUUAGAAUAAGCGAAGAGAGAGUCUUUGUCGACUCUUCGCCCGAGAAUCCAGUGGAGACUAUUCAGGUGCAGAUAAGUAACGUUCAGUCGAAAUUCGAAAGUGCCUUGUUGGGAAAUGGGAAUAUAAGUAUUGAGGGGAAAGUAAAGUACGGAAUACCUCAUUUGACAAGUGUGGGGUCCUUUGGCGUGGAUGUGAGCUUGGAGGGGAAUCUGAUACUGUGCCGCCAGGUGGACCAACCGGGAAUGAUCGGGCGAGUAGGGAAUAUUCUCGCCGAGGGUAAUGUGAAUGUGAGCUUUAUGAGUGUUGGAAGAACUGUGAAGAGGACGAAGGCUAUUAUGGCAAUUGGUGUCGAUGAAGAACCUGAUAAGGCUACACUUAGGCAAAUUGGAGAUGUGCCUGCUGUAGAUGAGUUCGUCUUUCUUGAUCUUUGAAGUUGCUUACUGAUGGAUUUAUUUAUUUAUUUUUUUAGAUAUUUAAAUUCUUUUUCAAGACGAUUUACGUCGUAUUGAUUUCGUAGAAAACAAUUUUGAUUUUUUUUUUCUUGUUGUAGUUUCAUUAUGUAGUUCUGUGGAAAACAUUUGGUGCUUCCACUUAUACAAGUUAAAUGAAAUAACAAGUAUAUUUCCGU